AUAACUUUUACAAACCUUCACCAACCUACAGCCCACUCACCACCUACCACAAUGCCGACCGAAACAAAACGGAAACGAGAAUCCUCCUCCAAAAUCAAUGGGCCACUUCCGGACUACACCAUCACGGUAGCGCCCACUAGCGAUUACCCUCCAAUUCUCGCUUCAUCACAUGGCAUAUCCAUGCCACCAACUACUCAAUUCACACCUUAUGCCCAUACAGCCAACCCGCCCGCCAAAAAGUCCCGGAAGGCAGAGGAAUUCCUGCUCUAUGGAGAGACUCCUAGAAUCGGGUAUGAGGGUCGGGAGAUGUCCGAAGACGGAGAGUAUCGGAGGCAUUACGUUGGCAUCUUCAAUCCUGAGACGAACGGUAUCGAAUUACAUGUUGCGCCGAAGCUUCAUUUUAGUAGGAUGAUCAAGGCGCAUAUCAAGCGUGAUCGGUUGGUUGACGGGAAAGGUGUUGUUAUGAGUAACGUGGAUUCGAGAACAGCCCUAGGUAAAGAAUUCGGUACGAAGAAAAGCCAGAAGAGACUUCGUGAGCUCGAACUCAACAAGAUUGAUGUCUCGGAUAUGGGCAAGGACAUCACUACCUCGAUUGUCUCUCAGGUGGAAGCAAAUACCAAGGACAUGCCCACCGCGACGGAACUGGGCAACCAGAUCCGCGAGAAUAAGCCUAUUCCAAAGGUGAACCAUGACGCAAAACACCCUAAUGAGGUUUACAACCUCGAAGACAUCAUCGGCUCCGACGAAUAUAAUGUCAUCUGGGUCCGAGAAUGGGAGAGAGGUGAAGAACUGAGGAGUAAAUCCUCCUUCGUCCAAUCCCGCAUCCGCAAACUCUCCGAAGACAAGAACAAAAAGCACACCCGCCCUCUAAAAAUUCUUCGCUACAUCUCCUUCAUGAUAGACUUCUACCUCUUCCAGCAGCGCGGCCGCGGCCGCCUGCCCGCCAUGGACCGGGUGAAGAAAGCCCUAUCCAUAGACCACGUGAUAGCAGAGGGCUUCUUCAGACGCUUUACCGAAAAAACCAUCUCCGGCGAAGGGGGAAGCGACAAAGAAACAUAUGCCGUAUCUCCCGCACUUGCGAAUAAGAUCCUUUACCACAUGGCUGUGCUUUGCUUAAUGGUAGACCAAUACGACGUGGAUAUCUUCGAGUUGAAGAAUGAUCUCGGCGUGCAACCUAAAGAGCUUACCCUAGCAUUUAAAGAAGUCGGCUGCUCGAUCCGAGAAUUAACGAAGCCGCAGUACACCGCCAUGAAAAUGACGAAGGCGGAGGCCGCGCAGCAUAAGAGGGCGGUGUUGAAGAUUCCCUUGGAAUUCCCGAAGCCACCCACUAGGAGGGCUAAGGCGACCGGGCGGUAA